GCGGCUUCGACCAUGAUGGAAGCUCAGAGAAUCACACUCAUUGUUGCAAUGGUUUGUGUGUCACCAUUGACAGUUUCAAGCCAAUUGACAUGGGUAACUGCUCCCGGGCCGAUAUGCGAGGCAACGUGUACGAAGUUCUUAAGUAUUCCGCAAUGGGUGUGUCGUGGGAUUACCAAUCCAUUCCAACAGGAAGGUGCAUGUCUACUGCUUGAGGAUUCACAAGGGUGUUGUGCCGGUUGCGUUAGAGGUGCCAUUAACGCAUCACCAGCUAUUGCAGACCUGCUCACGUUUGUAACUGACACCAUUACCAGAAUUAUUGGGAUAUUUAAUCCUUUCGAACAAGCCCUUAUCAAUGCAGUAAUUGCUGACUUAGUGGGUCUCGACUUCUUUGGAAACAUGGAAAAUAUACUGAAUAAUGUAGAUAACCAAAUUGUUCCGACUACUUGUACCUGGGGGCAGAUCUUUGCGACCAGACUGUGGAGUAUUCAAGACGUCUGUGAGCGUAUCUUAGAUUCAUUUGAUGGUCGCGGAGGGGUGUUUCCCCAGCCACAAGACAGAGAUGCUUUUACACGUGUAUUAGACUUGGUCCUUUGGUUUAAACAGUGCCUGCUACCUAGAUUGCUUGAUCUCAGUGGCUUGGAGUGUUUCAAAGACGACUUGGGUUGCGAGGGACGGCAUCACACCUUCUGUAAACCUGACUGCAGAUGUUCGGAAUGUAGAACGAACGACGACUGCAACGAACCUGAUAGGCCAAACUGUAGAAAUAACCGUGCGGGAAUAAUGAUAUGCGGGGAUCCCCACAUAUCUCAGACCAUCAAAGGCGCUGAACAUCGAAGACUUUGCUACGACUUUGUGGGAAAACCCGGUUCAGCGUAUCUGUUCUUCAGAGAUCACGAGAUAGAUGUCAAAACAACAUUUAUCGAGGAUGAGGACGCCAACCAUGAGUCUUUCGUCGACUACAUCGGGCAAAUUAAUGUAACAAGAAAGGACAUCAAGAUAUCUAUCUCACCAGAUCAGGUAAUCUUGAUAACCUCAGAAUGUGAAACAAUUUACCAGUGGAAAGAAGAUACCGUUAACCUCGCAGGCGGACUAAUGAUGAUCGGAAAGAAACAAAUCCGUGUUUACUUCAACAAUGACACGGUUGAGCUUAUUGUCACUCGUAAAGGACGCGCAAAGGGAACUCCUUUCCUAAACUUUGGUGUCACAGAAAGGGCAGGGUUAUCUACUAACGCCGGUGGAAUUAUGGGAUGGAUUGGUAACAAGGCUGUUUACAAGGAUGAAGGCCCUCAUUCUGGUUACAUAACAUUGGGAGAAGUCACAAUUCCUGUUUACGACAAUAAAGACGGCUGCUUGAAAAUAGAUGAAGAGUAUUUGGACAAGUUCAGCUCUAUUCUUCAUUUGUUCGAAAUGGAUUAAAGUUUA